AUGGGUCGCGUCAGGACAAAGACCGUUAAGAAGUCGGCCAAGGUCGUCAUCGAGCGCUACUACCCCAAGCUGACGCUCGACUUCGAGACCAACAAGCGCCUCUGCGAUGAGAUCGCUAUCAUCCCCUCGAAGCGUCUUCGCAACAAGAUCGCUGGUUACACUACUCAUCUUAUGAGACGUAUCCAGCGCGGUCCUGUUCGCGGUAUCUCAUUCAAGCUGCAGGAGGAGGAGCGUGAGCGUAAGGAUCAGUACGUUCCCGAGAUCUCCGCUCUGGAUGUCUCCCAGACCGAGUCUGGCCAGCUCGAUGUCGAUGCCCAAACCAAGGACCUCCUCAAGAGCCUUGGAUUCGACAACCUCAAGGUCAACGUUGUCCCCGUCACCCAGCAGCAGGCCCAGGAACGCCCCAGACGCUAUGGUGGUGGUCGUUAA